CUUUCCAGUAAGGGGGCAUCUUUGCUGUAGUAAGGGUUUUCCAGUUAAUCAUACAAGCUAAUGGUGAGAUCAGUCCUUAUAAACAGGUUCAGCGCGGCGAGAAGCUCAGUCAUUCUCAAACCUCGGAAUAUCAGCUCCAAAAGCAACGAAGGCAACGAUAAUGUGGAUUUACAAGGUUCUGCUAUGCGUGGCUUUUGUAGUUUACUCAGAAAGCAAGAGGAACUUCCUCCAGGAUUACCAGAAGACUGACGGGGUGCAUCUGGUCCCCCGCCUGGCCAGACUGGAUGGCUCCUAUCAGAACAAGAGCAGGGUCCUCAGCGUGGUUAAGUGCGCCCGGAGGUGCAGCCGCAAUAAGAAGAUGCGCUUUACUUGCAGAGCAUUCUACUUUGACCAGAAAAACAGGAGAUGCCACUGGCUCUCCUAUGAUAGCUACACCCCCGGAAUUCAGACAGUCCACGACUUCAACUUCGACCUCUAUGAGAAGAAAGACUAUGUCAAACAGUGCAUCAUCGGGACCGGCCUGAACUACAAGGGGAAGAGAUCCAUCACGAAGAGUGGGGUCAGGUGCCAAGCUUGGGCCUCCACGAUGCCGCACGAUCACAACUUCCUGCCUACGAGGAACAAGAAGAAGGACCUUCAGGAGAACUACUGCAGGAAUCCCGACAAUGAGACCACAGGGCCGUGGUGUUUCACCACCGACCCCGAACUCCGGCACCAGAGCUGUGACAUCCCCCAGUGCUCUGAAGUGGAAUGUAUGAAGUGCAAUGGGGAAGGGUACAGAGGCCCCAUGGACCACACAGAGAGCGGGAAGGAGUGCCAGAGAUGGGAUCUGAUGGAGCCUCACAAACACCCCUUCCACCCCAAAAGGUACCCGGACAAGGGCCUGAACGACAACUUCUGCCGCAACCCCAACAACCGUCUACGGCCGUGGUGCUACACAGUCGACCCCAAGACCCCCUGGGAGUACUGCGACAUUAAAGCAUGCGACUCGGACGGCAAGGCUGACGUUGAUGUGACAACAGAGUGUUUCCGUGGUCAGGGGGAGAAGUACCGCGGCACGGUGUCCGUGACGCCCAGCGGGGUGCAGUGUCAGCGCUGGGACUCGCAGUUCCCCCACAACCACUCCUACAGUCCCCAGAACUACAAGUGCAAAGAUCUGAGGGAGAAUUACUGCAGGAACCCGGACGGGGCCGACCUGCCCUGGUGCUUCACCACUGACCCCAAUGUGCGCAUGGCCUUCUGCACCAACAUCCCCCGGUGCGGGGCCCAGGUCCCGGAGACGGGGGAAUGCUAUGAGGACAAUGGUGAAAAGUACAGGGGCCGACUGUCCAAGACAAGGUCUGGCAUUCCUUGCGGGUUUUGGGAGGACCAUAGUAAAAGCGGGAACAUCGAUGCCUCAGUGCUGGCCGCCGGGCUGGAGAGUAACUUCUGCAGAAACCCAGACAAGGACAAACACGGGCCUUGGUGCUACACCAACAGUUCGUCCAUUCCCUGGGACUACUGCCUGAUUAAGCCCUGUAAACCGUCACCGAAUAUGCUUCCUUCAAAGAGUGACACGUCAAAGGUGUCCUGUUUUGUUCACAAAACAACGAGGAUUGUGGGUGGAGCUCCGGUCAAGAUCAGCGAGGGGAGCUGGAUGGUCAGCAUUCAGAAAGGGAGCAUCCACUGGUGUGGCGGGUCGCUGGUGCGAGAGGAUUGGGUCCUGACUGACCGACAGUGUUUCUCAUCCUGCGUUCCUGACCUGACAGAGUACAGGGUUUGGAUGGGGCUCCUCCACCUCAACGACUCAGGCAGCGCGGCGUCCACCAAGCAGGAGCUGAGGAUCGCCCACGUCAUCUGCGGCCCGGAGGGAUCCAACCUGGCGCUCCUCAAGCUGUCCCAACCCGCACGGCUGGCAGGGAACGUGAGGAUCAUCCAGCUCCCCGUGGCGGGGUGUGCCAUGAAAGAAGGCGUCAACUGUACCAUGUAUGGAUGGGGUGAGACCAAAGGAACCGGACAUGAAGGCAUCCUGAAAGCAGUGCAGCUGCCGAUCGUCAGCAACGAGAGAUGCUACGAGUAUCACCGUGGUAACCUCCCCAUAACGGAGACCAAGAUCUGCGCCGGAGGCAAGAAGGACGAGGGCGUGUGCGAGAAAGACUACGGCGGGCCCCUGGUGUGCCAGGAGGGCGAGAGCAAAGUCAUCCUGGGUGUGAGCAUUCACGGGAGGGGGUGCGCCCGAGCCAACCGCCCGGGAGUCUUCAUCAACGUGCCCUUCUACACCCAGUGGAUCCACAAGGUUUUCCGAUACUACUCCAGGCUGGAGGAGAACCACUAGGGGGCGAGUUUCCCCACAGCGUGACUGACAGAUCAAAACUAAUAAUGACAUCUGUGAUGUUUAAGACUUGCUUUAAGAAAGCCAGUUUUAGUUUCUUCAGUGUUCCGUGUCCAGUCUUGGAAGGAACCCUCCAGACCUCCUGGACUUUCAUGUAUGGGGGAAAAAAGGGCUGAGGACAGAACGCUGUGAUGAAGAUUUCAGAUCGUUUUCUUUUUUUAAUUCAAAAUGCCAAACUGUGGUCAGCUUUCAGCCUUUGAUCAUUUUUUCUCUUAACAACAAGGUUUUGCAACCUUGAGGUUUGGUUAGCACAUGGACAUCAAGGCUGGCAUGAUUCAACACAAUAUUCCUGAAUUAUUUCCCUUCAAGAUCACAACUGGCAUAAAACCCUAGUAGUGUUUAGAGUUAAGUUAAGCAUCGUGCACAUAAUGUAUAAAUAACGCUAACUGUACUGACAGCAGUUAUGAUGGAUGACGGUAGCAUCAGUUAGAGUUUUUUUGGACUUGCUUGUUAAUCCUUAAAGUGUUGUCUCCUGAAAAUACUUGAAUCAUUUCAAAACCAAAAUACUCGAUCUCUCUGCGCCUCUACGGGGACAAGGUGUAUCUCACCAAGCCGGUUGGUUGGUUUCGGAUUUGAAGUUGUGGUGAAGCAGUGUUGUACAUACUGUAGGAUUAUGAGUGCAUUGCUGGCGCUCCGCAAUGUUUCGUAGGUCUUAUAGAUCUGUAUUAAGAAGAUGUUGUUGAUAUAAAAAAAAAAACAUCUAAAUGGCCUCUGUCCUUUUCAGUAUAAUUUCUCCUUUAUUGGAUUCGCCAUUCACUGUGUUAUGUGAUGCUGUCAGGGGAAGUUGUUGUAUGAAUUAUAUUUCUGCUACAUUUGACCAUAUUAACUUGUGAUAAAUGAUACACUUGGAUGCUCGAUGCUUAGAGCUGAAAGCCAGAUAAAGGUCAUAAAUCUUUCCUUUGUUAAGUGGGAACAAUUUAUGUGGAAUUUAUUGGUUAUUUCUGUAAAGAAAAUACUGAAAAGGAACAAGCCAGUAUGCAACUAUUAAGAGUGUAUAUUCCUGAAUGUAUUCUUUAUAUAUUUUUUUAUUAAUUCCGUCCUCUACAAAAAUGCAUGCAUGUGUACACAAGUAACUCAGUCAUUGUCCAAAGAAGACUGCACUGCUUUUUUGCAUUCUGCUGGUCAGAAUAUGGAGUUUGUUCAUGUGUGUAUAUAAUGAGCUUGGUAUUACUGAAACAGGCAGGACCUUACUGUUGGAGAAAUCAUCAAAGCGGAUGCGUAGGCACACAGCAGAUCGCCUGUUCCGGUUCUCCUAUUGUGUGCCGGUGUACCUCUCAGUAUGCAUUUCCUUUAUUCUUGGCCCUGAGUGUUGGCUAACUUCCAAAGUAAUCUAGCAGGGAAAUCAUUUCUCUAAACAUUGUCAGUUAUAACAAAUAGUUGCUGAAAGACAGGUCUGAAACGUUUGCUUUCUGAGUACACUUCGGUCAUUGCGCUGCAGACUGUAUUAAAAAUAAUAAAGCUGAAAUUAAGGUUGUUCCUACUUAUUCAUAUUUAUACAAAGACCCAAACAUAUACAUGAGUAGUUUGGAUGAAUUCAGAGAAACUGUCCGAUCUGCAGGGCAACAGGCACAGGAAUGUCAGUUUUAUCUUACCCUGUCAGUGUUUGUGCUCUGCCGGUUUGUGCAGAGUAACAUUUCUUAUUACAUUGGCAGUUUACCUGUGUAAUUAAACAUGGUUGUUCUGAAGAAAACCAGACAAUUUUUUCGAAUAGAGGGGAUGGAAGGAGAAUAAUAAUAAUUUUGAACAACCAAGAGUCAAGGGUUUUUUUUUUCUCAGAAGAGGUGUGGUGUGUGUCUGUUUGAAGGCACCAGGAAAACAGCCAACAGUGGAGGUAUUGAAGGAGGGAGGGGAUGAAUGAGAGCAGAGUGCUUUAAAGGUGACAGGGAGGAUAGGGUCCAGAGAGCGGACAGUUGGGUUGUGGGAGAGUGGGGGAAGGCAGGGUGAGGGAAGUGGAGCAUGGAGCCCCUAGUAGGGACAUAAAGACCCUACAUAUAUCAGCAACAUGGGCCUCACAGAGUUGUUUGCAGCGAAGGGAGGGAAGGUUCAGUGGAUGCAAGAGGUAGAGAGUAUGGAUCCGUGUCCUAGACUUGAAUUAUUGUCUGGAAGAAGAAUGUUUUAGCUGGAGUGAUGAGGAGAACCUUGCGAAUGGAACAGCGUGAUGGUGUUGAGAGAUUUUCUCCACCUCCAUACUAGCAUCAUCAUGGCAAAGAAUAAGUGCUCUUGCUUGCCUGGAUGGGAGAGGGCUAAUGACAGCGUAGAUGGUAGAUUGGAUGUAGCAAGGAAUGAACAGACAGGUGAGAGAAGGAAUCAAUGGAGGGAAGAGGAAACAACAUCACAGACCAGAAGUUAGUGGAAGACACCUUAGGAAGGUUGCCUUGUAAAGUGAUGGUGUGUGUAAUUACAUUUGGG